AUGUCGAAUGUGCUCUCUGAUGACGAGGAGCUCCUCAAUGGGCUAGGAAGUGAGAUUAUAAAGCCUUUUAAACAAGGUAAUCAUAUGGCAAGAACCGUCAAAAGGUGGGUAAGUAACAAACCUUCUACCACAACAGGAUCUGUAAACAUCAACGUUGAUGGGGUGCAUGGGCCAGUAAAUACGGAAAGUUAUAUAUCCCCUGGACAACUUUACUCCACGGACUCAGGUAAUCUAUUUCACGCUGGAAGAAUUCUCGUCGUCCUCGUUGGCCUUCCCGCAACAUCUAAGACAUUGUUAUCUGUGGCGAUUACGAGGUAUACUAGAUGGUUAGGAGUCAGGACUAAAUCAUUUCAUUUCUCAGAGUAUAAAAAAUCCGCCAAAGAUGUACCUUCUGAUUAUUUCUGCGUAGUUCCAAAGUCAAAAGAGGGGGUAGAAUUUAAUGAAAAACUUCGCAGGCGGAUGUUAGACGACAUACUUUUAUUUUUUAAUGGCACUUCUGGUCAACUGGCCAUUUAUGAUGCCUUGAAUAUUCGUAAGAUUGAUAGAAAGAAUUUAGAAGCAACCUUCUGUGAAAUUGGUGUUAAAGUGCUUUUCAUAGAAUCAAUCGUAUCUGAUCAAGAAAUCAUGAAUAGGAAUAUAGCGCUCGUAUUGCAGUCGAGCGAUUAUAGAGACCUUUCAACGGACGAUGCUGUUGACGAAUAUAUGAGGCGUUUAGCACUCAAUGAACCAUACUACGAGAUGAUGACGCACGACGAAGAAUUAUCGUACAUUAAAUAUAUUAAUCUGGGAAAGCAGAUAAUCGUCAAAGACAAUAUACAUGGCUAUCUGGUUAACAAAAUCGUUUUCUUUUUAAUGAAUUUGAGACAGAAGAAGGGAUGUGUGUAUUUUGCACGCUGUGGAACUAGCGAUAAAGAUAACUACAUGCAUGAUGAAGAACUAAACGAUGAAGGAAUCCAUUAUUCAAAAGUGCUCAAAAGUUUUGUGCUCAAAAGAAUUGAACAGAAGAGACUGGCAAAGCGAAACUCAGAAUCUUUAGUUGAAGUAAUGGAUGGAAACUUUGAUAAAGAUUUGAAGACAUCCUUGAUAGUUUGGACAGGUCCGAGAAAAAGAACCCACGACACUGGCCUUUUUUUUUCAAAAGAAGGUAUUAAGGUUCAGCAACGAUCUGAACUGAGACAGUUGAACCCAGGGAGUAUCGCCGAUCUCACUGAUGACCAAAUAAUGAAGAAAUAUCCUUCGGAAUAUGCAGAAUCAUUGAAAGACCCAUAUCAUUUCCGAUUCCCCAGAGCAGAGUCUUACCACGACUUAGCUGUUCGUAUGGAACCAUUGUUAUUAGAAAUGGAGCAUACAAGCAAGGAUAUCCUCAUUAUUGCUCAUGAGUCAACGUUGAGAGUUUUAUAUGGCUAUUUAAUGGCUUGUACUUGCGUUGAACUACCAAACUUGGACUUCACAAGAGAUAAAUUGGUUGAAAUUUCAUUUAGCCCCUUUUGCAAUACGGUGGAACUAUUGGACAUCCCUUUAACAGAUUAA